AUGGAGUUCGACACCGGGUUCACUCAAGUAGGUCUCAUUGAGCCGCCGAUGGACCGUACAGCCACCAACUCUUUGCCUCCUUUCCAAUAUAAGAAACUCCUAACCCCUACAUCUAUCCGUCUACUAAAAAUAGACUAUCUUCCUAAGAAUAGCGAAGACUUAUUCCAACCCAUCACUUGUUCACUCGUGAUCAAAGAUCUCGAUCAUGAACCUGUGUACGAUGCAUUGUCGUACACAUGGGGUGAUCCAUUAGGUCGUGAGCCCAGCAAUACAAAUUGGGCAACAACGCCAUUUUCUAUCACUUGUAACGGCCACAGAUUCGACGUCACAACAAAUCUUCACACAGCUCUCAUCGCCAUCCGUCACUAUCUCACUAUGUUUCGAAACACUCCGACAUCUGUAUCAUAUCCAAACAUGUCUAGGUACAUAUGGGUCGAUCAGAUUUGCAUUAACCAGAAGGACAUUGCCGAAAAGAACUCUCAAGUUCAACUGAUGGGUCGGGUAUACCGCCAAUGUGUUCGUGCUCAAAUCUGGCUAGGUGGUCACCAGCAAGAUAUCGAUGAUCUGCAGUAUAUCCAGAAAUCUCUUGAACCACUAGACUGGAAUCGGGGUUUCAAGUACAGAUCUUAUGACAUCUGGGAUCGCCAGGCCUGUGAAGCCCUGGGUAUCCGACCCAUCACUCGAGAGAAAGCUCGCGGGAUGUUUAACUUUUUCAAUCGAGCCUGGUUCAAGAGGUCAUGGAUCAUACAAGAAGCUCUCGUAAAGCAUGAAUCGAUUGCACUCUGUGGACUAUACUUCAUCCCUUUCCGUACCUUUCCUUGGUUCAUGACUUUCCUCGAAGAUACUGGUUGGUUCGAUAAGCUUUUCAUUGGUGUUCAACACCCAUAUCCAGAAAAUAUGGCCAACCCCAUAUUCUUCAGGAACCUGGCCAGGGUCAGCUACCGCCUCGGCAUUGGCAAUUAUAAGGAGUACGAUAAGUACUGGAAUCGACCUUUUCCGAUAAACAGCAUUACCAGGAAUUUCCGUGACUCGCAGGCUACAGAUCCCAGAGACAAGGUCUAUUCUUUCAUUGGCAUCUCGGAAAAUGGUGCAGACCAGAAGGGACCCCAACUUAUUCCAGAUUACUCAAAAACCGUUGACGACGUCUACAUCGAGGCCACCAAACUCAUGAUGUCGUCAAAGGGCUUUAAUCUGGACUGCUUUUCUCAGAAGGAAGAUCAGGCCCUUUGCAAGAUCAAUUCUUUACCAUCAUGGGUUCCCGACUUCAGUGUAGCAAUCGGUCACAAUCCACUGGUUCGCAGACAUUGGGCGUGGGCAGCUUGUGGGACCCCUAGAGAAAAGCCCAGAUCCGAUAUUCGAUACUUACCGUCGAAUUGCGUAGAGCUUAUGGGGGCCCGGGUUGACGCAGUUAAGCUUUGCAAAGGUUCAGUGGUCCAAGAGAAGGUUUACUCGCUUGUUCCCGAGGUUGCCAUCAAGGCGUGUGAGCAGGUCCAUAUCUCAGCAAAUGAUGUCGUUGAAUUGAUGGCAUUAGUGCCUGAAACCUCAGUCAUUGGACCACCAUCGUCCGACUUGUCACUAAUUGACGAGUAUGAGGAGAAGAAUCAUGGGAAUUAUUUUUCAACCCCUUCUGGGAUACUGAAGGUCCCAGACCAAGUGAUUUCCUACCAGUCCAGGUCAGAGGUGUUCUGGAGAACCAUGAUGAAGGACAUCAAAGAUGAUUGCCAUCCUGCUAAAGGGGAAUGUGGUAAAGAUGUAUUCAAAGAAAUGGAGGAUGUUCUGUACAACGAAAUGUCGCUGUUACUAUAUCGAUGGUCCCCGGACUCAAUGGCUGUGGAGGAAUGGAAGGUUCGCACUAAUGAAGUCAUGAAAGAGUUCACGAAUCUGCUGAUUCUUCGAGGCGUACUACCAUACGGUACAACUGACACACAAAACCCCAAGCAUUUCGCAGGAGCUAGGUCUGUCCUUUUAGCAACAUUAGAAAGGGGAGUUGAUGACCGAGUUUGGCGGAAUUUUCAAACCUACGUUUCCAAUUUAACGAAACGUGGACUCGGUCUGCUUGAAGUGAAUACUCGACAGCUCAGUAUUAGGCACGAAAUCUCAGUGACAGCCAAGGGUCGCGGUCUCUUUGUAACAUCCAAGGGGCGCUUAGGAUGGGGCUUAAAGUCGACACGCGAAGGUGAUGAAGUGUGGAUCUUGGAUGGAUGCCAGGUUCCUUGCCUGCUACGACCUACCGGCGAUGGGCGGUACAGCUUGGUUGGAGAGGCAUAUGUUCAUGGGAUCAUGCACGGGGAAGCUUUGGAGGGUUUGGAUGUCAAUGGCCUAAGCCCGGUCAUCAUUGUGUAG